AUGGCUAGUGUUAAUAAGGAGCCAGACGGGCCUCCUGUUUACCCUAACUAUGCUCUGCUCUUAAAGAGAGAAGCUACCUUUAAAGAGGGAUGGCCCGAGCUUUUAAAAAGAUUAUUACCCAACCUAGCCAAAGCCGGAUUUUAUUACAGGGGAGUGGGUGAUAAGACCAUUUGUUUUCAUUGUGGUUUGCAUUUCACCAACUGGGAUCCCGAGGACGAUCCUUAUGUAGAACAUGCUUAUUGGAACCCUAAUUGUCCUUACAUCAAUACCUAUAAAGGACGUGAGUGGGUGAUGAAUGUAUUCAUUAUCUCUUUAGAUCAGCUGGGAUACAAACUUUCACCUCAAAUUAAACUUCUACUAAACCAAACCUCUACAGAGAUUCAGGCCACAGGAAAAUGUCACAUUUGUUUAGAGGGAGAAUUACAAAUGGCUUUACUCCCUUGUGGACACGUAUGUUUGCUGUUCAUUAUGUGCUCCCACCUUCCGGUAUUGUCCCAUCUGUCGAUCCGAUGUGAAGAGAACCCAACGUAUAUUUCUGUGUUUAAUAAAAAGGAUUGA